CAUGGCAACAUAUUUUUUCAAACUUUCAACGUUCUUAUUAAUUUCAUUGAUAUUGUACAAUAAAACCCAUCAAACUUAUUUGUCUAGUUUAGACGAGACAUUAGAACUUUUUGACAGCGAUUAUCAGCCAAAAACUAAUGAAAUAGGUAAAGAUACCCUUGAAGUUUGGCUUGAAAAAUUGCUCGAUAAAUCAGAGUGUACUAGCUGUAAAGAGAUUGUUGACACAACUAUUUUCUACGAUGUAGCAACUUUACAAAAUCCUUUAAGAACUGUAUCAAAACACUACGAAUUAGCUGAAUUGACGAGUUCAAUUAUAAUUAACUAUCUAAAAGAUAGCUGCUUUCUAGUUGAACCUCUUCAUAGUCAUCCACCAGAAACCAAUAACAGUUAUACUAAAGCAAAACAAUACGGAUAUGGUACAAUUGCCGUCUUUAUCAUCAGUAUUUCUUGCCUGAUUGGUAUAUUCAUAUUUAAAUUAAAGGGUUCUAAGGCCUACGACUUCGUGAUGGCUGCAGCCCUGGGUCUUGCUGCUGGUGCUUUGUUAGGAGAUACUUUCUUGCAUCUGAUACCUCAUUCACUAGGUCUACAUAAUCAUGAUAAUCAUGAUCAUGAUCACGACCACGGUCACAAUCACUCUGGAAGUGAUAAUCAUACCCAUCCAUUAUCACUUUCGCAUAGAAAUAACAUUGAGUAUAAAAAUUUCUUUACUGUACAACAUGAACACGAAGGUGAAACUUCCAGCGGAAUUAAAGUGGAACCAUUCGUCUGGAAAAUGCUCAGCACAUUAGCUAGCCUCUGGGCAUUCUUUGCUCUUCAGUAUAUACUACAUUAUUUUAGUGAAAGACUUCAAGAUUCUUCCACCGUCCAACCAGUUAUUGAUCCGGAAAAUCUCAACGAGAAACCUCUCGAAAAGGUAGAGAGCAUUGAAGAAGAGAAACCAAAAAUACAUAGAAGCGUCGCAUGGAUGGCUACCAUUGGCGACGGAGUUCAUAAUUUUGCAGAUGGUUUAGCGAUUGGAGCCGCUUUUUCUGUUGGUUGGAAAUCUGGAAUUUCAACAUCUCUAGCCGUUCUAUUGCACGAGGUACCCCAUGAAAUAGGAGAUAUGGCUAUUAUGUUUGAUGCCGGUUGGUCGGUGAAGAGAGCUGCCCUUUUGAAUUUUCUGUCAGCAUGUACAGCUUUCAUAGGACUCUAUAUAGGAGUUGCAGUAUCGAGUACAGAUGAAACUAGAAACUGGAUAUUUGCGAUAACCGCAGGAAUGUUUAUCUACGUCGCUGCUGUUGAUAUUUUGCCCGAAUUAUUAGAUCGUUUAAAAGGAAGAGAAAAUAUAAAAAAAUUCUUGGUGGCAAAUGGCGGAAGUUUAAUUGGUAUUGGACUAAUGUUGAUACUGGCAAUCUUUGAAGAAAAGAUACGAAUUAAUUAG